ACCAGAGGCUCAUAUUGCAAGAGUGCACCGCAUGCUACAACAGGCAAGAUAAAGCAAGGACAUAACUAACAAGAUGGCACGUCGGUAGCUGUGCGGCUGUCAUGACGACUGCAAGCAGAAUCGUUGAAGCCGGCGACGGCGGAAUUUCGUGGUCAAAAUGGUCCGUAGCCGCGAUCUUGGGUGUCCCCGUAGCUGCCGGAGUUGGCUACUGGUGCUGGAGGCAUUUUGGAACAGAAAUUGGCCUGGGAAAGAAAUCGCCGUCAUCAGAUGGGCGAACCAGGUCAGCGUUAGAUGUCCCCCGGAAAAUUGGGGAAGCUGAUGCAAGUGAAUUCACGGCUGGAAUGACCGAAGAACAGAAUCCCCUGAAGAAGGCCCUAGCCCACAAGGAUGCUGGCAACAAGCUGUUCAAGGCCGGCAAGUACGCAGAAGCUAUAGAAUGCUACAACAUGGCCAUUGAGGUGUGUCCCACAGACAAGAAGCAAGAUUUGGCAACAUUCUACCAGAACAGGGCUGCAGCAUACGAACAGAUGAAGGUGUACGAGCGAGUGAAGGAGGACUGCUCCAAGGCUCUGGAGCUGAACCCCAAGUACGUGAAAGCUCUCCAGCGACGCGCGAAGGCGUGCGAGCUGACCCAGGACCUCCUGCAGAGCCUGGAGGACGUGACGGCCGCCUGCAUGCUGGAGGGCUUCCAGAACCAGACCACGCUCCUCACGGCCGACCGCGUGCUGAAGGAGCUGGGUAGGAAACAUGCCAAGGAAGCGAUGGCAAAGCGUGUUCCUAUAAUGCCCUCUAAGCAUUUCAUCAAGACCUACUUCUCAUCAUUUGUUGAGGAUCCAUUUACCAAGAGUUUGAAAAAUGGCAAGGAAAGUGACUCUGCCGAAGCUGAUUUGAGAGGUUUGGCUCGAGCAAGGCAAGCAUUUAUCCAGCAAAACUUUGAGGAUAUAAUCCCAGCUUGCACGGAAGAAAUCUCCAGUGUAGACAGCAGCAACAAAGACGAAGCAAGAAUCCUGAGAGCCACUUUCUACUUGUUGCUAGGCGACCACGACAAUGCACUAGAGGACUUUGCAAUCGUCGUGAAUAGUGAUGAAGCGGAUGUUAAGUUACGUGUUAACGCGUUGAUCAAGCGAGCAUCACUUCACAUGCAGUUGGAGGAGCCCUCAAAGAGCAUAGAAGAUUUUCAUCUGGCAGUGAAACUGGACAGUGAGAAUUCUGAUAUUUACCACCACAGGGGUCAGGUCCACCUGCUGAUGGAGAAGAUGGACGAGGCCAUCGCGGACUUCAACAAGUCAGUGGCCAUAAACCCCAACUUCCCCAUCUCGUACGUGCAGAAGUGCUACUCGGACUAUCGGCACGCGUUCAACACCCGCAACAUGGAGAUGAUGCAGGAGGUGAUGCGGGCAUUCCAGUCGGCCAUAGAGCGCUUCCCGGGCUGCUCCGAGUGCUACACGCUGUACGCCCAGGUGCUGAGUGACCAGCAGGAGUACGAGAAAGCUGACCAACACUUCAAGAAGGCCAUCGAAGUGGACCCAGAAAAUGCUACAAUAUACGUUCACAGAGGUCUGCUGCACCUGCAGUGGAAUGGCGACCUGUCCAAAGCGGUGGAGCUCAUCACACACGCCCUGAAGCUGGACAGCAAGUGCGAGUUCGCCCACGAGACACUGGGUACCAUCGAGGUUCAGAGGGGCAACUUGCGUCGGGCCAUAGAGCUGUUCGACAAGGCCAUUCCGCUGGCCAAGACGGAGAUGGAGAUGUCACACCUCUUCUCGCUGCGUGAUGCAGCCGUCGCACAGGCCAAAGUCGCAGACAAGAUGGGCAUUAACAUCUCCAACGUUGGGCUGCCUUAAUACUGAACUCGUGUUGCAUUCAUGGCAUUUGGUUGUUUUGCUCAGUUCUGCCUUCAGUAGUUCUCACUGAGGAGCAUGUGUUGUGUUUGUAAGGUUUAGUUUGGUUACAAAUCACAGGCAAACCUUAGACAAUUGUUGGGGUUCUCGAUAGUUCAGAUUCGUACAUACAGUGUGUUGUUCUGCAUUUCUCUUUGUGUUUUUAUCCAUGGACAACCAAGCAGGAAGGGUUACAUUACAAAUAUACAAAAAUUAGUCACUUUUAUUGUUAUGGUCAUCAAUAAAAAAUCUCAUGUGGAAAAUACAGUGUAUUUUUGUUCCUAAAAGUUUGUAUUUAAAUUUUAUUGGAAAGGUUGUGUCAUAUUUUGAAUGUUUUGUAUCUAUAAUGUAGUGCCUGAAGAAAAACCUAUUUUGGGAGGUUUUAAGGUUGGUUAGUUUGUUGUUAGCUAUCAGCUAUUUCUAAUCUUCGGUCAUUGGAUUUUGGUUCUUAUUAGUGUUGCAACAGUUAUUGGUGUUAUACUGUUGCUAAUGUAAAUAUCAUUCAUACUGCUACCAGUUUUAUAAAUUGUAGUUUAGUGUCUAUAUUUAAAAAUGUAUAUUGUGUGUUGAUAUGGUUGAGCAAUUGACACCACGAUUAUCAGCUUCUCACCACUUUUCUGUAGUUCCAUACCCAUACAUUAGCACAAUUGUAGUAUUAAUUCUUUUUUUUUUUCUACAUUUUAUUUUGCAACCUGUUAAUCUGGUUUUUUAAGCAUAACAUUUUUCAUUGAAUUUUAUCAGUCAAAAUACAAAAAAUGCAAAUUAAUUUGAAAACAGCUCGGUUUUUAUAACACAUGUACUAUUUGAUGUCAAAAAAGAAGUGCUGCAAUAUACAUUGUGUGUGAGGAUUAAUGGGUCUGAAAAAGAUUUAUAUAAAAUGUGUAAAGGGAUAUUGAAAGAGAAAAAAUUAUAGGUGGUUUAUAAAUCAUAUUUCUGGUAUAUUUUGAUGUUUGUAUAAUUAUCUAACACUGCUUGUUUGAUUUUAGCCCGAUACGUAGUUCUAGAUUGAUUAUUAUACUUAAAUUCUUCCAUUUAAUACUGCACUGUUAUUUCAUGAUGUCACAUGUUUCACUAAUGUUAUAACGUGCACCUAAUUUUUAAGACGGUCUACACAAGUAACCUCUAUCAUAUUAAAUCAGGAUUUUGCGGUCACAAAAUUGUUACAACCAUAAACACACACGCCGUACAUAAAUCACAAAAAAACUUACAAAACAAUUGGUCAUAAUUCAUUAACAAUUAAAAAAUACAAAACAGUAAAGUGUAAAACAGAAAGGCCGAUAUUUAGGUCUUGAAUUGAUGAAUUACAAUUAAGGCUGACUUGUAUUCUUAAAAACUGCUUAAAAAUAACAGAAGUAGACCUGGGAUUGUGACCAAGAAAAACUUGAGUAGACUUUAACUUUAUUUCAAAUAAGACAGUACAAUCAUUUUCAGCCUGUGAAUAUUUUCUCUUCGUAAACAAACGGGAAAAAUAAAAAAAAUAUAAUUUUGGGUUGCAGGAUUAGCAAUAGAAUUUUAUGUUGUAGUUUCUCUGAAGAUUUGCAACUAUAUACCUUUUAUGAGGGAUUGUCGAAAAAGGGACACAUCUGCGUUUCAGGUUCUGAAACAGGAAAUAUAUUUUUCUGAUAGUAAUUAGAACUCCAAAGUUGUACACAAUGCCGAACAGAUGAUAAACUGUUUAGUUGUAUGCAAUUGUAGGUUAUGAGCAAAGAAUGUGUAGUGGUGAAGGAUCUAGAGAAGCAAGUGGAUGUGGAGAAAUAAGUGGGUGAAAGUGAUCCUCAAGAAUAAAAAUAAAUCUUUAUUUCUCUGUGGAGGGGCAUUAAAAUGUAGGGGUCGGCUUGCAAUCAAGUUCUGCCGGAUGGAUGUUGUAUGAGAAGCACUAGUUUAGUAAAUACGUCUCUCACCAGCUCGGACUGAACAAUUACCCAGUUAAGAAUGUAAGUUUGAUCUAAAGUGGCAAACUAGACAAAUUGUGUCGUAAUUUUUGUACUUAAUUUAAUGUGAUUAUAUUGAUACUCUUUAUUAAUAUUCUCAUCGCCCAUGACAUUCUUAUAGUUCUUAUCCUUAUUUAUUUAUAUUUUGUGUUGAUAAAACAUUACUAUAAAAGAUUUCAUUACAUUAGUCAUGGAAAGUUUAGGAUAAAUGCCACAGCAGAGCUGUGGUGUCUUGUUACAGAAAACCCAGAUUUUAAUACAAAAAUACUUAAAAUGUAUGAUUGUUGGCAUCAAAUACUAGGUUUUCUGUGAGACAGAAUACCUAUCACACAGUGUAGCACUGGUGUGGAUCUAAGACAUCUCCCCAUUUAGUAGUUGACAUCCAUCGCUAGAAUCAGUUACAGAAGACACAAAGGAAAACAUCAUGGCCAACUAUGCCAAGACUCUCAAGGCACCUUGCCAUCAUGUACAUUAACCAUUCCAUUACGUACCAAGCUCUAAACACUUUUUGCUUAUCCCUGUAUGUGUCUUGUGUAUUCCUUUGCUCAUACACAUAAUUUAAUGAUCAUCGUAAGCAAAUUUUCUAUGAAGUUACCAUCUUCAAUUUAUAACACUCAACAAAUAUUAAAAUCAUUCACUUAUAUACUUUGAAAUGAUUACCUUGCUUCCUUCUCCAAAAACAUUAAUAGAUUCUGCAUUAAUGAAAAUUUCUUAGGAGUACAUUUAUUUUACUAAACCUACAAUAUUAACAAAUAUCAAUCUUCUUAAUAAUCCAAAAGUCUUAAAUGUAUGCUUAGUUUUGUAUCUGGUUUGUAAUAAUUAAUGUAGAACGUUAAAUAAAAAUUCUAGAAAAUGUUUUUUCAUUUGAAAAAUAAUUGAUAGCCAUGUGACCAAAAAUGCCCAGUGGUGUAUAUAUGAAGUACUAUGUAGUAGUGUGCAAGUCUGUGAAGUUUUUCAAUACAAGCAAGUGGCUUGGAAGCUUCAAGGAUUAUGUAGCCAAAAUGUUUUGAAAUUUUCUUAGAAAAUUCCACUUAAUAGAGGAAAGCCUAGUUAAUCAGUGUUAAACUUGUCCUCUGGCAUAAAUUAGACUUGAUGGUUGGUUAGCUGUGUUUUUUAAAGUAUGUGAUAUUUGUGUCUUCUGGAAUAUUUGCAUAGUAAAUAACAAUGUUGAAAUAUAGUUUCGUUUUGGAAAAUUGAUGUAUAUCUCUCAAUUAAAAAUGUCCAAAAUACACACCCCAUGAAA